AUGACGCCUCUCCCCAAUCGCGCGCAGAGAGCGAAGAAGCCACUGAGCGCGCAGCGAAGAGGAGGGUCGAUUGCUGUCGGAUUGCUGGCUCUUCUUCUCGUCGGCAUGAUUCUUCUAGCCACCUCCAUGAAUUCUAAUGGUUCGGUUGGAUCACUGACCCAAUCUGAUAGGAAGAGCGAAAGGAAUCAUGUUGUUGCUGUUGCAUCUGUUCGAUCCCAACCUACCGCCGAAUUCGUCAACAGGACCGAAGUCAUAUGGCAAAUUCCCGAGUCCCCCCAGGCCGUCGUCUUCAUAGCUCAUGGUUGCAACUGCCGAGCUACUAAUUUCUGGGAUCGAUCCGCUCAUUGCCCGCACUGCGUCGGUCUUCCAGAAGACAGGCUGAUUGUCCUCAAUGCUCUAGGUCGCAGGUUCGCCGUCGUUGUUGUUUCCAGCCUCGGAAGAUGCUGGUCUAUCGAGAAGGACGUCGGCAUUGCUAAAGGGAUACUACAAUGGUGGAUUGAGAACCACGAGCUCCAAAAGCUUCCUGUCACAGCUCUGGGAGCUUCAUCUGGUGGUUAUUUUGUUUCUGCGCUGGCAAAGGAGGUGAAUUUUAGCAGCGUAGCGCUCAUGAUUUCAGCUGGGGUGUUCGGUUCCAUGGGUGUUCCAGUUGGGUAUCCUCCCACUCUCUUUGUCCAUAUGCCUAAAGACCUGCGUGCAAAGAGGCUGAUAGAGAAGAACAUGGCUUCGUUGAAGAAGAAGGGUGUUUCUGUUAAGGAGGUCAGGUGUCUGGAGUUCCCAUUGACUCGUACGCUUUUGACGGAAAGGAUCCCUGGUUUGGAUGAGGCAGUAUCUGCCAGUGUAUUUGAGUUGUUUCAGGAGAAGGGUUUCAUUGAUGAGAGGGGAUAUUUGAAGAACGAUGGACGAGCGACUCAGUGGAAGCAAGCUCUUAAGGAAAAGGAUCCCUCAAUGGAGAAGUAUGAAUGGCUUGAUCAUGUAGAGGAGGAGUUAAAUCUUGCGUUUGCAUACCAUGAGAUGACCAGCUUGCCUAUUGGUGAUAUUCUCGACUGGUUUGAAUCGCACAUGUAG